GUACAGCUGCAGCCGAUAACAACAACAGUCUGGACGGUGUGCCCUAUCAUUCCAAGAUGGCGGACCUCCUAGGCUCAAUCUUAAACUCAAUGGAAAAACCUCCAACAGUCGGCGACCAGGAAAGCCGACGAAAGGCUCGAGAGCAAGCAGCACGACUCAAGAAGAUGGAGGAAGACGAGAAAAGAAAGAAAGCAGAGUUCAGGAAAAAGAUGGAGAAACAAGUGUCGGAUUUCAUUCAAGACAGUUCACAACAGAAACAAAAGUACAAUCCUAUGGGGAAGAUUGAAAGGAGUAUAUUGCAUGAUGUUGCAGAAGUGGCAGGUCUGACUUCUUUUUCUUUUGGAGAGGAUGAGGAGAGUCGUUAUGUCAUGCUUUUCAAGAAGGAGUUUGCUCCGUCGGACGAGGAGCUGGAAGCCUAUCGCAAAGGAGAGGAGUGGGAUCCCAAGCUGGCAGAGCAGCGGCGCAGAUUAAAAGAACAGGCUGCAUUGGAAGAAACAGCAUCCAGUCAGACAAAGAAGACAGAAACAUGUCCCAACUCCAACUACAGAGACAAGUACAGUCACCUGAUUGGCACCUCAGCUGCGAAAGAUGCAGCGCACACACUAGAGGCCAACCGGGCUUAUGGCUGUGUGCCGGUGGCCAACAAGAGGGACACUCGCUCCAUAGAAGAAGCCAUGAACGAAAUCAGAGCGAAGAAGCGGCAGAAGCAAGAGGACGACUCGGGCGCACACAGCAGCACUUCCUGAGUGUCCACCAUCUCUUUGUCUACAGUUGUGUGGGUGUGUGUGCGCGCGUGUGUGUGUGGGCACAUUAGUGUGUCUGUGUGCUCGGUCUAAUUCAUCCUAUAAUGCAAUAUCUUGUACUUCAGACAUUUAAAAGUAUAACUUAUAAUGACAGGUGUUGAAUCAAGUAUGUUUGUCGUUCUGUGAAUUUUGGAGUCGUGAAACCUUGUUUAGUGGAGGAUCCUCAGGUGAGUCUGAUCCAGGAGCUGGAUUAAUAUACAUGUUUUGACAUUUGCUUGUGACAUUCUGUCAAUUAUCAAGCUUCUCACACGUGAUUGGACCCUAUGCGUUAUGAGAAACCUGUUUCGAUUACCAAACAAUGUGUUUGGGUGUGAAGCUACUUAAAAACACACGAUAUCUUCAGACAUAAUUUUUAAAAGUCAGUUUGUCAGUGAUUGACAUUUUUAAUGCACAUGUGCAGUUACAGUCCUACGUGACAUUUUUAUCAUUAAAGUAUUGACAGUUUUGAGCCGUGGCCAGGCCAGAUAAAAAGUGUGGCUGAAAAAUCCCACCGACAGUUUUUCCAAAUCUCCAGUGCAGCUUUUAAAAGGGAAACAGGAAUGCCGUCUAACGACCAGCUUUUGGUUUCAUUUCUUGGGUUGUUGUUUUUUUUCUUAGUCUCAACCUGUUUCAGAUCUUUGUAAAGUUGGAAGCAUGCCAUUUCCUCCAUUUCAAGAGGAAACUCAUUUUAGAAAACCCCAUUUUGUGGAUUUUAGGAAUCUGUAAUUAAGUCAGAGAUUUUCUUUGUUUCUAUACAUCUGCACCGACUGUGAAUUCAACUGUUACUCCAGACUAAAUGUUUUAUCCUUAAGCCACACGAUGGCUGGCAAUAGGCAUCACAGCAGGGAGCAGAGGUAGCAGACUCAUUGUAGGAACAUUGGUCACAACUCAUUUGUUUGUUUGUAAGUCUCUCGGCAUCUUGACAUCUGUUCUAACAAGGUUGCACUGUUUUAUCCCCCCAUGUGUGUUAAUAAAUGGAGAACAGUAUAAGA